GAAAAAUCUUAGUUCUUUUAAAAUAAUUUAUUAUAAUCAUUUUUUAAAUAUUAUUAUGAUGUUUAAUAUUACAUACGCCAUGACUUUAAUAUGACAUGUAAAAAAAAAAACUACAGGAAGUAGUUUGAAUUGUGCGCAUGCGCAGUGUGUCUAUCACAAACACGUGUUGCGAGCACAGUCUAUUGGUUGCGAGUCGCGCUUCUAGUGAAGAUCUCUAGUCAUUAAAGCGACUUCUGUUGUUUAUUUGCUAAAUUCUCGACUUUUCUGUUUAGUUAAAUAGUACUGUCCUCCGUGAAGCUAUUGCCGAGAGGACCCGUGUGUAUUUACGUUAAACAUCGGCUAAAACACAACAAACACGAUGACUGAAGCUGAAGUGAAUCCGAAAGCCUAUCCUCUGGCAGACUCCACGCUCUCCAAAACCAUUCUGGACCUGGUGCAGCAGGCGUCCAACUACAAACAGCUGAGAAAAGGGGCCAAUGAAGCCACUAAAACUCUUAACCGUGGGAUUUCGGAGUUCAUUGUCAUGGCGGCUGAUGCUGAACCUCUAGAGAUCAUUCUGCACCUGCCGCUGCUGUGUGAGGAUAAGAACGUGCCGUAUGUGUUUGUGCGCUCUAAACAAGCUCUUGGACGUGCAUGUGGAGUGUCAAGACCUGUCAUUGCCACAUCAGUCACCAUCAAAGAGGGAUCGCAGCUGAAACCUCAGAUUCAGUCUGUGCAGAUGGCUAUUGAAAGACUCCUAGUUUGAGCUCAUACCUUUUGUUUUCAGGUUUUUUUUUUUUUUUUUUUUUUUAAACAAUGAUCUCUUUGUACAAUCCUUAAGGUUUUUUUUUUUCUUGUAUGCUAAAAUCAAACAAUGUUGAGUUUCUGACAGCCGAAAUAAAGUUCGGUUAAAACGAAA